GCGCUGCGCAGCGCUGCAGCUUUCGGUGAACCGUGCUGCAGCUGCAUGCGCUACGAUACAGGCGUCAGGAGCGAGCGGCGCUGGCUUGAAGAGCGAGCAGCAGCACGCAGGCUGGCAGGCAGGCAGGUAUGAAGGGCCACCCGGCACACACACGUUGGUAGGCUAAGCCCGGUCAGUCAGCGAUGUCCAAGAGCCUGAAGAAGAAGAACCACUGGACGAACAAAGUCCACGAAGCGGUGCUCACCAGGAACAAGGAGGGCGAGCUGGGGUUCGAGCUGAAAGGCGGCGCCGAGAACGGCAACUUCCCCUAUUUCGGGGAGGUGAGGCAGGGCAAGGUGGCCAUCCAGAGCGGCAAGCUGGCCCAGGACGAGCUGCUUCUGGAGGUCAACGACACGCCGGUGGCGGGGCUCACCACGAGGGACGUGCUGGCCGUCAUAAAGCACUGCAAGGACCCGUUCAGGCUCAAGUGUGUGAAGCAAGGAGGUGUUGUGGAUAAAGACCUCCGCCAUUACCUUAACCUCCGCUUCCAGAAGGGAUCCGUGGACCACGAGCUCCAGCAGAUCAUACGGGACAACCUCUACCUCCGCACUGUGCCCUGUACCACACGACAACCUAAGGAGGGUGAGGUCCCAGGUGUGGACUACAACUUUGUCAGUGUUGACCGGUUUAUGGAAUUAGAGAAAAGUGGGGCCUUACUAGAGAGUGGAACAUAUGAAGAUAACUUCUAUGGCACGCCCAAGCCCCCAGCCGAACCCACGCCCAUGCUGUUUAAUGUGACUGACCAGCUGCUGCCGGGUGCCCGCCCCAGUGCCGAGGGGAAAAGGAAGAGGAACAAGUCGGUCAGCAACAUGGAGAAGGACAGCAUCGAGCCGCCUGAGGAGGAGCAGGAAGAGAGCCCCGUCGUUAAUGGCAACGGCAUUGCGAUCACGCCAGAGUCAAGUGAACAUGAAGACAAGAGCACCGAUGCCUCGGGUGAUGUGCCCCCCCAGUCGUGCCCACCUGAGACCCCCACUCUCACAGCCACAGACGCCCCAGAAGAGGAAGGCGAGGCCCCCAAAUCCCCCCCAGACUCGCAAGGCAACGAUGAUCUGGGACCGCUGCCUGACAACUGGGAGAUGGCCUACACUGAGAAAGGCGAAGUCUACUUCAUAGAUCACAACACCAAAACAACAUCAUGGCUUGAUCCACGAUUAGCAAAAAAGGCCAAACCUCCAGAGGAAUGCGAGGACGAUGUAGCAGCAGACGUGACAGAAUGGCUUCGAAGCGCCAUCGCCCAUCAGAGGCCAAAAAAACGACAGACAGAUGCAGAGCUACCAUAUGGCUGGGAGAAAAUAGAUGACCCUAUAUAUGGCAGUUACUAUGUUGACCACAUUAACAGAAGGACGCAGUUCGAGAACCCUGUACUGGAGGCCAAGAGGAGAAUCCAACAGCAGCAGCAAAUGCAAAGCCAAGGCCUCUCGGCCCUGCCGCUGCCUACCAUCUACAGAGAGAAGCCUCCGUUCACGCGGGACGCCACACAGCUGAAGGGCACAUUUCUGUCCACGGCGCUGCAGAAAAGCAGCAUGGGCUUCGGCUUUACCAUUAUUGGCGGAGACGAACCAGACGAGUUUCUUCAGGUCAAGAGUGUUAUACCAGAAGGACCGGCUGCACAAGAUGGCAAGAUGGCAACUGGUGACGUCAUUGUCUACAUCAAUGACAUAUGCGUUUUGGGCACCACACAUGCGGAUGUAGUCAAGCUCUUCCAGUCAGUUCCCAUCGGUCAGAGUGUGACCCUAGUGCUGUGCCGAGGCUACCCGCUGCCCUACGACCCCGAGGACCCCUCGGCCAGCUCUAGCAUGGCCCCUCUGGGUCUGGUGGACCACCCGCUCCUGCUCAAUGGAAGAAACACCUACGAUAACUACAUGGAGUACAUGUCUUUGACUGGCCGGUUGGUGCCUGAGCACGGCGAAGGUCUGCCUCAAGUGUCCCAUCCUGGAGACACCCAUCUGGAUGGCUCACAGCCACCCUCCCUCACCACACCUGGAGCCCCACCUGAUGACAGUGUCUCCAUGGCGUCGUCGUCAGGGGCAACAGCAGGGGCGCAGGCAGCUCCAGAGCUUCUGAGCCUCACCAUGACCAAAGGAUCAGAGGGCUUUGGCUUCACUAUAGCAGACAGUCCUACAGGCCAGCGAGUGAAACAGGUGUUGGAGCCGCAGGGGUGUCCAGGCCUGUGUGAGGGAGAUCUGAUAGUGGAGAUUAACCAGCAGGGUCUGCAGGGACUCAACCACUCACAGGUGGUCCAGAUCCUGAAGGACUGUGCAGUGGGGACAGACGCCACCCUCGUCGUCCAGAGAGGUACAGGAACAGGACACUUCUCUCACUGGGAUGGCGCCAAACAGUGGGACCCCCAGGGAAGCCCUCAGGCCAGCCUCUCAGCCCCUGGCCUAUCGCACAGUGCCCCCCACCCUGGCCAGCCGCUCCACUGCACCUCAGCCUCCGACACAGAAGGAAUCCACCUCAGCAAGCCUGACCCUUAUGACCUGUAUGAGAAGUCCCGUGCCAUUUAUGAGAGCAGACAGCCUGGGCCCCCACGAAUGCUGACUGACUCUACAGGGCUGGAGUACCAAGAAGUGGAGGUGCACCUGCUGAGGGAGAAGACGGGUUUCGGCUUCAGGAUCCUGGGAGGGGACGAGGCGGUGCAGGCUGUGAGUCCGGAGGCCCGUGACAAGAUCGUGAUAGGAGCGAUAAUUGAGAACAGCCCUGCAGAACGGGACGGGCGGCUGCGCCCGGGCGAUGAGCUGGUGUCUGUGGACAGGAUGCCUGUGGCAGGCCGGCCACACCGCUACGUCAUUGACCUCAUGCACGCUGCCGCACGCAAUGGCCAGGUCACUCUUACUGUGAGACGGAGGGUCCUGCCUCAACCCGGCCAGACGUGUGGAGAGAAUGGUGCAGUGUCCAAUCAAAGCAGCUCCCCCCGAGGCCAUGCAGUGUGUCCAGUCAACCUGCCGCCCACCACCGAUGUAGUCAUCCACAGGAAAGAGACUGAAGGCUUUGGCUUUGUCAUCAUCAGCUCCCUGAACCGACCUGAGAACACUGCCACAAUCUCCGUGCCGCACAAGAUCGGCCGCAUCAUUGAGGGCAGUCCGGCUGACCGCUGCGGAAAGCUAAAGGUUGGCGACCGCAUCAUGGCCGUCAACAGUCAGUCUAUUAUCAACAUGCCACAUGCUGACAUUGUGAAGCUGAUCAAAGACGCAGGCCUCACCGUUACGCUGCACAUCAUCCCUGAGGAAGAUGUGAGUGGCCCCCACUCCGCUCCCACCUCUGAGAAGCAGAGCCCCCUGGUGGCACAGAAGCACAGCCCCCAGACCCAGUCCAGCCCAGCAGCCCAGCAGAGUCCCACUGUUGUACACCCCAGCCCACCAGCUCCCCAUCCCAGCCCAGCAACCACUCAGCCCAGCCCCCAGCUGGUGGAGCCAAGCCCCGGAGGCCCUCAAAGCAGCCCGGCCAUGACUCAGGCCAGCCAGCCUGUGAGUCAGCCCACACUGGAGGCGGUGCAGUCAGGCCCGGUGGUGACUCAGGCAGGCCCUGUGUUGGAUCAAGGCAUUCCGGGUGUUACAGGAGUUCCAGUUGUUUCGGGUGUUCCGGUUGUGUCGGGUGUUCCUGUUGUUCCGGUUGUUUCGGGUGUUGCGGUCAUUCCAGGUGUCCAGCUCAGCUCCAUUGGUGGGGUACCGGUCCCAGUGCCCCCUCAGCUCUACCUCCAUGACAGCAGGUCGGAGGUGAAAGCCAGACAGGACGUUAAGCCAGACAUCUGCCAGCCUCCGUACACAGACUACAGACAGCCUCCUGUGGACUACAGACAUCCACCAGUAGCAGACUACAGACAGCCUCCAACUAUGGACUACAGACAUCCACCUCCUCUCAUUGACUACCGACAACAUUCAAUCCCAGAUUACAGACCACAGGACUAUGACUACUUCACUGUGGAGCUAGAGAAGAGUGUGAAGGGCUUUGGCUUCAGCAUUAGAGGAGGGAGGGAGUACAAGAUGGACCUGUUCGUGCUGCGGUUGGCUGAGGACGGUCCUGCCAUCCGUAACGGCAGGAUGAGGGUGGGCGAUCAGAUCAUAGAAAUAAACGGGGAGAGCACGAGGGACAUGAGUCACGCUCGCGCCAUCGAGCUCAUCAAGGCAGGUGGCCGACGGGUGCGUCUGCUGCUGAAAAGGGGCACAGGACAGGUUCCCGAAUAUGGAAUGGUUGCUUCCAAUCUUUCCAUGUGCAUGAAAAGCGACACUCUCGCCUCUCCCUAUUUCUUCAUAAUGGGACACUCUAAAGACACGACGGUGCCACCCCCUGGAGUUCUGUCCCUCCAGCCCCCCCUGCCUUGCAGAAAGUAGUGUCGCCUCACUAGCGCGAUUCAGCGCCCUUCACCAUCGCCCAUCAUCUCACCCAGCCUCCGCUCCGCCGGCCCCCCUCAUAGGCACUGCAUGACGGGUCCUGGACCAGACAAGGUGCUCCCUGGAGGCCAGCUUCGCUUGGUGCCACCAGCUUUGUGAAGUUGCACACAGAGAAGGGGUGGCAGGUCCAUCCAAAAGAGCUGUGCGUAAAAGUGGCAACCAGACAGGAAGGGAAGAACAAAUGGAGGACAAGGGGGAGUUAUAUGAGUUCAAACAGCGUGUGACGUCAAAGGAUGAAGGGAGGGAUUGCCGUCAUAGAUUGUCUGAUCCAGGCUUUUUGUUUUUUUCCAAUGAGGAAAACAUGGUAGUUUUUCCAGGCCGGAUUUAAUGGCAGCUCUAGCAGCCUGGCUUGCACAGACGCGCUAUGGUUUGAUUCCGGAUCCAGAGCAGAGACGCUGUCCGAGAAGCCCAGACCGGACUUUUCACGUCUGGUCUUCCUGCCCAUUGGAUCCUUGCUCAUUUUGCUCCUCCUGCCAUCUGAGAGGGAAACCGAUCCCCUUCAUUUGGCUUCUCAUGUAGAGAUUGUUUAUUUUUUCUAUUGGUUUGAGUUGGCUCCUGAAGCACUCCUGAAGCUCCUGAGCAUCCAGUGAAGAAAGGUGACAAUUCAGACAUCUAUGUGUAGCAUGAAAGGGGAUACCAAGGCCACCAAGAAUCCGCAAUGAACUUGAAUAUUACAUGAGUGUUGUGUUUCAUUAUUUGUCAGUGUGAAUCCAACGUAGACCUUCUGAUGUGCACUGAUAUGAAGGUAAAAAAGGCAAAGAGAACCAUCAUGGUGCUUUUCCAAUGAGAGUGUUAAGAGUUUGGUCGAGGUGGAAUGAUAUAUUUUUUAUUUUUUGUUUAUUUUUAUUUAAGUACCGUAAUGGACAGGGGGAGAGCAAGAGACAAAACAGAAGAGAAGAAACAUAUCAAUCAGCAACCCGACCAUAAAAAGACUUGUAGCUCUAACCGUCUGUAAUACAGUAUCUCUGAUGCUAUGGAACAUGUGGUACUACGUUAUAUUCCUAUGAAAUGCAGUCCAUUUAUGAAGGCAGAAUUUUUUGUAACUCCAUAUUAUCCUGACUGUGGACUGUACCGAACCAAACCUGCUUACCAUUCUUUUCGCAGGAUUCCUCGAAGCCUCAGUGUGUCAUUCCAGCCUCAUUCUCCCUGUACUGUGCUUCAUGAACCACACCACUGUGGGGCUGGGGCCCCGUCCCAAUCUUACGAGCAGCCCUCCCUCGUCUCCUUUCCUUCAAGGCCUCUAACUCGAAGGGACCUUAGUAGGUGGAAGCUGAACGGUUGAGACCACAUCCAGACAGUGGGAAAGCAAUGGAUUGCUUUGUUUGAACUGUGCUGCCUGAGACUUUGGGAGUUUUAGUAAAGAAUCACCUGCAGAUGAGGGGACGAGAAGGUGUUUGCCUCUGGGUAUUGGGGCAAUAGCUGAGUCUUCAUAGCUGGGCAUGGCUGGAGUGGGGCCCAGUUGUAUGGGGCAGAGUGCCUUACUGGCAGGAAUGGGUACAGCAUGAAAGCCGUUGUCCACCAAGGCAACUGAGAAAGUUGAGUAACUUUAAGUGGAUCCUGUUGGUUUUUGAACAAGCUUAAGAGUUUUUUUGCUUUUCGGUAUCUCAUUGAAACACGCAGCUGUAGAAGUUGUUGCUAAUGUUAAGUCACUUUUCUCCAAGCCUACAGUGUGUCUGCUCGUGGAUAUUGAGUUCAAACAUUGUUAAAAAUAUACAUUGCUCCAGGCAAGGAUUUAGAGUAAUUUGUUCUAUCAGUGGUCCAUUAGACUGGUGACUGUUUCACUAUGAAACUAAUACAGGCACAAUAUGAGGUGGAGAAGACCGCAGUUGUGACCUGCUCAUUUCUCCGCAUUUCUGUUCGUAGUGAAAUCAUAACUGCACAGAGUUUUUGUUCUUGAAACAUGUGGCAGAGCAUAAGAACAAGACCUUUUACACAUAUAAUCAAGCACACUGUAAAAAUGAUUUCAUAUUUUAAUUAAAAAAAAAAAAAGAAAAUAUGAAUGCCUUAAAUUUUAGCCUUUAUUGAAUUUCAAAUAAGUUGAUAGAAUGUAUUAGAAUGUGGAUAUAAGCUAGGAAACUAGAUUUAAUGGUCUGUUAAAGGUGGUUUGGCAAAAGAAACAGAUUUUAUUUUCCACUUUCCUGUCGCCUAAAAUGACCUGCAAGGAUUCAGCAAUAUGUUUAGUUCAUUUGAAUAGUUCACAAUAAAUCAUAUUGCGUCAUAAAACCAUUCUGACAAGUCGGGAUGUAGAACUUUUGGGCUCCCUGAAAGUUUUGUGCAGGGGCUGCUUGGCUCACCUCACUUCCCUCAGCAAAACAUGACAAAUUUCUCAUAAUCCUACUAUUUAUUUUGGUAUAGCUCCUUAAUUCCCUCUCCUAGUUAGGAUGCAUCAAGCUGAAUAUAAGCAACAUAGAAAUAUAUAAGCAACAUGGCUUUAUAUCAAUAUACUGUAUGUCAAUGGUUUCCAAUCUGGUCCUCAGGGCCCCCAGACAGUCCAGUUUUACCCUUAUUCCCCCUGUGGAACGCCUUGGGACCCCUGAGGGCCAGGUCAGAAACCACUACUGGACAAAAUUGUAAUGGUUGUUGCACCUUGGCUGUUGAAGCAAAACUGUUUUGGUUUUAACCAACACAGGACAGAUACAUUACCUAAAGCCUAUUUAAAUCUCCACAAACAUACAUUCUUCACAUUUCAAGUGAAAGCCUAAUCAUGCUAUUAUCAUAUUUACUUUAAUUAAAAGUGACCAGGCUAAAAAAACCUACAAAAUUCUUGUUUUUCUUCAGACCGGGACCAGACUAAAUUAAAUAGAAAUUCUUUCAUUCUUGGCAUCUAAUUCAUCAAGAGUAUCAAUUAAGCGUCGUUCAGUAGUUUUAAAAAUUACAUUAUAAAAAAUGGGAAGAUACCAUCCAUGUGGGCCCUCGUCUCUUCAGAGCCUUUGGAGUGGUCCAUAUCACCAUUUACAGAAAACGUUACCAACAUUAGCUCCAAUGCUAAAUUAAAGAAGCAAAAUUUGGACGCUAAACACGUGUAAGUGUGUCAAUUCUGCAAAUUUUAUUUAUUCACCAAACUAUUUCUUUAACUUACUGUUUGAAGUUCAACAAAGUCAUUACUUUAAGACAAAUAACUUUUUAAAGCUAAAAAGUCUUUUUACAGUGCAAGAGGAUCAAGUCUGUUGUAAAAGAUCUGUGUCAGAGGCCUACAGUGAUUAAAGCCUGCAGCUUCUGCCUGACCUGCCACAUUAAUUAUCCUAUGAAGCUCUUCUUUAGCAGCAAAUUCGUCACCAAUAAUAGAGUCCAGCUUCCUGAAAGCAUCACAUCAUUAAGAUACAAGAUAUAAUACCAAAAGUUAUCUUAAUCACAGAGUGUAUGAUACUCGCUCUACAAAGUUAAGAUGGUCUUUGCCACAUACCUGAUUAAGAUACUCCUUAGAAAAGAUAUGUAAAGUGAGGUAAAGAUGGUAGAGUCAAAAGACAUUCACUUCGUACACAAGUAGUGGCUGUACUGGCCUUUUCCAUAGAGGCCAGUCUAGUGAAACUGGUGGUUGUGAAUGAGUCCCAACUAUUUAUAUACCCUGAACUCAACCAGCUGCAUCUCCUCCACCCUUGCUAUGAACUUUCGACCGGAAUUGCUCAGUCCAGUAUCAGUCACCAUCUUCAGUAUUGCUGAUACUCAAAGCCAAGCAGGAAGGAGAACAUAUAUUGUGGUUCCUGUUGCUGGAGGACCAUGUGCCAUGAAAGACAAACAUUGUUCUCUGUUUUGCCUUCACGCGCAGUACGACUAGCUUAAAGUACGACCGGCCUCUGCUGCUUUCCUCACAGCCUGACAACCGUGCCAACCCACUUCAACACUGAAAUACGCAGAAUGUAACUCAUGAAGAUGUGAGGUCAAAGCAGGAUGGUGACCCAAAUCAAAUCACAUAUCAAUUUGAAUGCACCAGAUUUGUAGGGGGGCAAAAAGAGGGGAAAAAAAACAUGAUGAAACUCCUGAAGCUCCCUGGUUCAUAAGGCCCUGCAAGUUUUGUACCUAGCACAUCCAUUUGUACCGGUUCACAUGAGUGGGUGCAGUGUGCUAGGCUUAAUUGCUGUUUACAUGAGGAGAUGUAUGAAGAAAAAGAGAGAGCAUUUAUUGCACAGCUCUAGCUUUUACUGUUGAAGCUGUAUCCUGCCUGCUGUGGGGGAAAAAGGAAAAAAAAAAACAUUUUAUAUUACUAAGGAAAAUAUUGAAUCUGUGAAAGAUGGCACAUUCAAGGGGCCCAUUUCAGAUCGAUAUUACUGUGUAGUGUUAGAUGUGUAUUUACCUUGUACAGCUGUACUCCUAUAAAUAUGGUUUAAUGUAUUAUUGAUAGUUUCAAAGACUUAAGUGAUCAAAUAUUUUUAUGAAAUGCAACAGUGCGGAUAUAUUAAAUUUUGCUAAACUCUUGUUUACCUGUAUGAUAUUCUGAAAUACUGUCAAAUAAACUCUUGACAUGGUGUAAAGUA